UUGUUUUAGACCUGACGGGUUCUUCUUCACGUUAAGACACGUGUAAAAUCGUAGCUUCGAGAUCAAAAUUUACGGCUGAAGUAGUGGAGUUGACGUGAGCGGCCGUAUUCAUUCGGGUUAGUUGGUGAUUGCAUUUUGUUCUGGUCGGCAACACAUUCGUCGGGCUGAACACAGCUAAUCAUGGUUUCCACGAAAAUUGCUUUAUGCCUAAUAGGGCUUCUUUUACUUUCUGCAUCUUGUUAUGCCCAAGAUGAUGAAGAUGUUGCCUCAGAAAAUAUUGAAAUUGACUUGGGUGCUAGCAGAGAAGGUUCCAGAACAGAUGCUGAGGUUGUAAAGAGAGAAGAGGAAGCAAUUAAACUUGAUGGCUUGAACGUAGCUCAAGUAAAGGAACUCAGGGAAAAGUCUGAAAAGUUUGCCUUCCAAGCUGAAGUCAACCGCAUGAUGAAACUUAUCAUCAACUCUCUGUACCGCAACAAGGAGAUCUUUUUGAGAGAGUUGAUUUCAAAUGCUUCUGAUGCUAUUGACAAAAUUCGUCUAAUGGCACUUACAGAUAAAGAUGCUUUGGCUGCCACAAGUGAACAAACAAUUCGAAUCAAGGCUGACAAAGAAAACAAUGUUCUUCACAUUACUGAUACUGGCAUUGGCAUGACCAAGAAUGAUUUGGUUACCAACCUUGGUACAAUUGCUAAAUCUGGAACAGCUGAUUUCUUGAGCAAAAUGCAAAAUCCUGAAUCAACUGGACAGGACGCUGGGGAUCUUAUUGGACAAUUUGGUGUCGGUUUCUAUUCAGCAUUUUUGGUUGCUGAUCGAGUUGUUGUAACUUCAAAGAACAACGACGACAAACAAUACAUUUGGGAAUCGGAUGCUAACUCUUUUAGCAUUGCCGAAGAUCCUCGUGGUAAUACUCUCCAGCGCGGUACUCAGAUUAGCCUUUAUUUGAAGGAAGAAGCCCGAGACUUCCUUGAAGUUGACACCAUCCGCAACUUAGUGCACAAAUACUCCCAGUUCAUCAACUUCAACAUCUACCUAUGGACUAGCAAGACUGAAGAAGUAGAAGAACCUAUUGAUGAUGAAGCAGAACCAGUUGCAGAGAAAAAAACUGAGGAAGAGGAAGAUGCUAAAGUCGAGGAAGAGGCUGAAGAGAAGAAACCCAAAACUCGCAAGGUUGAAAAGACCACAUGGGACUGGGAGUUGUUGAACAAUGCCAAGCCAAUUUGGACUAGAAAACCAUCGGAUGUAGAAGAAAGUGAAUAUGAGGAGUUCUACAAAGCAAUUACCAAGGACACCCAAAGUCCGCUGGGACAUAUUCAUUUUGUCGCAGAGGGUGAAGUUACUUUCAAAUCCCUUCUCUACAUCCCCAAAGUUCAGCCGACGGAAAGUUUUAACAAGUACGGUACCCGUACGGACAACAUUAAGCUCUACGUUCGCCGUGUUUUCAUCACCGAUGACUUCCAAGACAUCAUGCCCAAUUAUUUGAACUUCGUUCGUGGUGUCGUCGAUUCUGAUGAUUUGCCGUUGAAUGUUUCUCGUGAAACCCUUCAGCAACACAAACUUAUCAAAGUUAUCCGCAAAAAGCUUAUCCGUAAAACGUUGGACAUGAUCAAGAAAUUGGACAAGGCUGACCAAGAAAAAUUCUGGGCUGAAUACUCUACCAACAUCAAAUUGGGUGUUAUCGAUGAUUCAGCAAACCGAUCCCGCCUUGCCAAACUUCUUCAGUUCCGUUCGUCUGCCCAGAAGGGUUUCGUUACGUUCACCGAGUAUGUUGAACGUAUGAAAGAGAAGCAGGAAGCUAUCUAUUUUAUUGCCGGUUCCUCUUUGGAUGAAGUUGAAAAGUCCCCGUUCGUCGAACGUCUUGUCAAAAAAGGCUACGAAGUUUUAUACCUUACCGAAGCCGUUGACGAGUAUUGCAUUUCUGCACUUCCCGAGUUUGAAGGCAAGAAAUUCCAGAACGUGGCCAAGGAAGGUGUCGAGUUGGAUGAGGGAGAGGGUGCCAAAGCAAAGCUUGAAGCCCUGAAGACCCAAUUCGAACCUUUGACUAAAUGGUUGACUGAAACUGCCCUUAAAGAACACAUUUUACGUGCCGAAGUUGGUCAGCGUUUGCUCAAGACGCCAUGCGCCUUAAUUACCUCCAAAUUUGGUUGGACCGGUAACAUGCAGCGAAUCAUCGCUUCACAGACGCAUUCUAAAUCGCAAGACAUUCAGCGAGAUUAUUACUUAACACAGAAGAAAACUCUGGAAAUCAACCCCCGUCAUCCUUUGAUUAAAGAACUGCUUCGGCGAGUUGAAGCUGACCCUGAGGAUCGUUUAUCGAAGGGCAUGGCAAUGAUGAUGUUCCAAACAGCCACUCUUCGUUCUGGCUACAUGCUACAGGAUCCUAGCCAGUUUGCCGAACACAUAGAUGCGAUGUUGAAGCAGUCAUUAGGAGUGGGUGACGCGGAAAUCGAGGAAGAGGAGGAGAUGGAAAAUGUGCCAGAAGGAGAAAAUGCUGAAGAGGAAGCAGAUCAGGAUAAUGAGGAAGAUGAGGAAGAAAAAUCGUCGAAAGACGAGCUUUGAAUGAAUGUAUUGUGGUGAGAGAACGUUUGGUAUGUUUGUUUUUGUCACCGAUAUAACUAUGGGUGAGCGUUGAAAAUACUGUUACACUGUCAAGUGAAAUCUGAACUGCGUCUUAAGAUUUUGUUUCCGAAUUCUUUGCGAUAUUUCCGUAUCUAAAGGGCGAAAUAAAAUGUUUCCCCAAAAA